AUGCGUCUCCCUCUCGAGCUGCUGGAUAUUAUAAUCGACGAGAUAGACGACUUUGAUACGCUCAAAGCCGUCUCUCUUGUGUCCAAGUCGCUCAUACGUCCCGCUCAGCGUCGCCUUUUCCAUAGAGUCGAAAUGAACGACUACGACGGCUCGGAGCACCUUCGAGGAUUGCAAGAAGCGCUGACGAGCUCGGAGCGCGUGGCGGAAGCUGUUCGUACGCUCGAGAUCAAUGGAGAGGUUGGGAAUGCUCGGCACUUGAUGGACUUCCUCGCGGCAUGUACGAGGUUGCGCACGCUGCGCGCUUAUGACAUGGUGUGGCCAACAGAACCUGCUCUCGUGUGGUCAAGCUCAACUCUACGAACGCUGGAGCUGGACGAAUGCAUCUUUCGCUCUUACGACCCCUUGGUGGCAUUGCUACGUGGAUCGCCUUGCCUGAUGAAGCUCUCGAUGGAGACAUGUCAAUUCGAACGUGGGAUGGAGUUCACGGGGAAAGAGAUGAUUGCAAGCUCGCUUCGUACACUAGAGAUCCACGGCCUUGUAUUACCCUCAGGAGCAUCCCACAUCUUGGAACCCUUCCAGCUCCGUCAAUUGGAACGGCUCAUUCUCGAUGUGGAGACGAUGGACGAAGUCGAAGUUCUGCGCAAGGUUCUAACCGAUGCCGAUGUCACAUUGCAGAGGUUGCAACUCGAGAUCUAUGCUUCGGAAUUAGAGGUCAUGGAUAGACUUUUGGAUUGUCUAUUGACUGCCAAAAAAUCUCGACUGCGCGUUGUCGAAUUACUGAGCGCCUGCAUUGACCAACCAGCGUGGUUUGCUACACUUCUCCGGGCGUUCAGCUCUCCCCUCAUCGAAACUAUUGGGUUUGAUGUCGACAUGGACUACCCUGAAGAGGACGAAGCUCCUCAGUGGGAACUAUAUGACAAGAUUCUGUCGUCGACGGUGCUCUUCCCGUCUCUUACGAAAGUCGCGAUAUUUGAGGUUCAUGACGUCUUCGUUGACGAUACCGCCCUGGACCCCGUUCCCGACCUAUGCAACUUCCUUCCUCGUACGGAAAAACGAGGUAUCCUGCUUCCGGACGCUGCCUAUCGCGAAUAUCGCGAAACUGUGUUCCAAACCUCGGACGAAUGA